AUGCACUUCCAAGAAGCCGGCCGGACCAUCAUCUUGCGAGGUGUCAACCUUGCCGAUGGUAAGUUUCCGUACGAACAGCCCUCUUAUCACCUCGAGUUCCUGGCCAGCGAGAUCGCGUCGGAGUGUACGUAUGUCGACACCCCGCUCAAGCUCGAGGACGCACCUCAUCACCUUCACAAACUGCGUUACCUAGGCUUCAACGUCCUGCGUGUGCCUGUCGUCUGGGAGGCCCUAGAACACUCCGGUCCUGGUAUAUACGACGAAAAGUAUAUCGAACAUGUCGUCAAGCUAGCGCAGCUAUGUAACGAACAUGGCUUCAAAGUCAUCAUCAAUCCUCACCAAGACCUGUGGUCCAGAUUUGCAGGCGGGUCCGGGGCGCCGCUAUGGACCCUCCACGCCUGCGGACUUGACCCGGCCUACUUUGGCGAGACUCACGCAUCGGUCCGAUAUGCGGAUUGGCCUAUGGACAGCGAGACGAAAGAUCCGAAGUCCAUUCCCAACAUGAUGUGGACGACCAACCACAACAGACUUGCGGCAUGCACCCUGUUUUCGCUCUUCUUCGGAGGGCGGGACUUUGCUCCGAAAUGCCAGAUCGAUGGGCUCAGCAUUCAGGAGUACCUCCAGAAACACUACUUCGCUGCAUAUGCCAAACUAGCGGAGAGGCUAGGUGACCUGCCAUAUGCCUACGAUAGCAUGAAUGAGCCGGAAGCCGGGUACAUCGGCUGGAACGACCUGAACAAGAAUGAGAGGGACAACACUGCUAAGAUUGGGAGCACACCAACCCCCAUACAGAGCAUGCGGUUGGGCAUGGGACUGGCUCAGACGGUGGACGAGUACAGGCUAGGCCAAACAGGACCUCAUAAGACGGGGACCAUCGAGAUCAAGCCCAAGCACUCUUGUUGGCUGAAGCAAGAAGAUCCCAGGUGGAAGUGGAAGAGGGCUGAUUCUUGGCCGCUCAACACUUGCGUCUGGGCUCUGAAUGGUGUAUGGGAUGUGACCACGGGCGAGCUGAAGAAGGCCAACUACUUCGACGACCUCCCCGAGAUGUCAGACGCCGCAACCCGAGCAGAGAACAAGGUGGGGGGACCCCUGUCUUUCAUAUCCUCUUACUGGCAAGAGUUUCACCAGAGAUGGUCUCAGACUAUGCGAAAGUAUUCUCCCAACGCCAUCAUGUUCAUCCAGCCAUCCGUCUUCUCCCCUCCACCGCCGCGGGACGAGCCCCUUAUCGCCUACAGCCCUCAUUUCUACGACGGGCUGACCAUCAUGCGAAAGCAUUGGCACGAGCGGUGGAACGCUGAUGUUGUAGGUCUGCUGCGAGGCAACUAUGGCAGCAAGAUGUUCGGUCUCCGCGUAGGUAAGGGCAACGUCAGGAAGGUCAUCUCAGCCCAGAUUGGCGAACUGGCGCACGAUGUCAAGUUGCCGACGUUGAUCGGAGAGACCGGCAUCCCGUUCAACCUGGACGACGACAAGGCUUACCGCGACGGCGACUACUCUAGCCAGGUCAAAGCCUUGGACACCAUCUUGGGCGGGUGCGAUGACCAUCUUCUCAGCUUCACGGUUUGGGCGUACUCUGCUAUCAACACCCAGAAGUGGGGAGACCAUUGGAACGGCGAGGACUUGUCUCUCUACUGUGCCGAGACUGGCUCCUUCCCCAAUCACCCCUUCCUGCGCGGUGCUCGCGCUCCAGCUGCCUGGUGCCGACCUUACGCGGAAUCGCUCACGGGUGAACCCAAGUCGAUGUCGUUUGAUGUCAGCACUGGCAAAUUCGAGCUAGAAAUCGAGUCCAAAGAGCCAGGGUAUGCCGUCGUAUACGUACCUUGGCUACACUACAAGAAAUCCGACGAUCCGGAAGAGGUCGAUCUGGAUGUGAAGAUCUCGGAGGGAGACUGGUCAGUCAAAGGACAGUACCUUCGAUGGGACUAUAUGAAAGGAGGAAAGCUCAAGUUGUCAAGAGCCGGAGGGGCUCUGUCGCCUGAGCAACUUGGUACUAUCGUUAAGUGA